CUUCGUAUUUGGGACUAGGAGGCGCCAAUCCUAUUUUCUUCGUUCGUAUUUUCGUGUAUUACUUCUAUUUUGUUCCCAGUCAUAAGUACUUUCCUCAAAUCAAAUGUCCAUUAAAAAUAUUAUAGGGAGCUGAUAACAUAACUCAAAUAAGUUAAACGUUUCGACAUUCAGUGCCUGUUUUAAAUAUUAUUAGCUCAUCGCGCACCUUUUUUUUAUUUGUUUACUGAUAUAAAACCUAUAUAUACGUGUUGGAUUUCGUCCUUCUUAACUCAUUGACUAAGGCUUCCUUCUUCCAAAAUGUCCUGUAACAUUGUCCUAGAAAAUUUCCAAGGCAGAUAUUAUCCUGGAAACACAAUAUCUGGUCAUCUGGUUUGCACAUUUACAUCGAGGGAAAGUAUUCGAGGGAUCAGAGUAAAACUUAGAGGUAAAGAACAUACAUCUUGGACUGAAACAGAAAGUUAUUAUGACAGUCAUGAUAAGAAAACUAAAUACAGAACCGUUCACUACAGUGGGGAUAAUAAGUUCUUGGCCGUCGACUUAACUUUAGUUGGAGAAAAAACUAUGGCUCCGGGACGUUAUGAAUAUCCAUUCACAUUCACUUUACCAAUAAAUUUGCCGCCAAACUUCCAAGGAUCAUAUGGGCACAUCAAAUAUUUUAUCAAAGGAACCGUGGAUAUACCAUUUGCUUUUGAUUAUGAAAACGAGAGGAAUUUCGACGUUCACGCCCUGGUGGAUUUCAAUGAAAUUCUUUCAGAUCUCCAGCUGGAGCCAUGUACAUACCAAGACGAGAAAACCAUAUGCUGUUGUUGCUGCGCUAGCGGUCCAAUUACAAUGGACGUAAUGAUGGACAAAGAAGCAUUUAUUGUUGGUGAAGCAGCCAAAAUCAAAGUAGAAGUGAAAAACUUGUCCAACGAAAAUAUAGAUCAAAUGUCCGUUAAGAUCAAGAUGGUUCUCGAAUAUAAGACAACUAGUCCCAGAACUAGUCACAAAUAUGACGACGAACUUGUAGCUUCUGAUUAUGACACUGGGGUUGGAGCACACGGAGAAAGAACGUAUCUGUUUGAUUUAAGGAUACCGAGUUCAUCAGCUAUUUACAAUUUUCGCCGAUGUACAUUAUUCAAACAGUGGUUUGUUCUCAAAGUAGAAGCUAACAUCCCAGGUUGUCAUUCCAAUAUGGAAGUAGAAACUGGCGUUCAAAUAGGGCACAUACCAGUAAGAGGUACUGAGCAGCCAACACACCAAAUUUCCCAUCUCCCAUCUUCAGAAAUACCAGGUGGUGCGUUUCCUCCUCCACCACCAAAACAUGUACCAGACAAUCCCCCACCAUACCUUUCUUUGGAUAGAGAGCCACCGUACCCUACUGGCCCUCCAGCUUUUCCCACGCCUGUCGGUGCGGUACCGGGACAAAUAGGAUUUACCUUACCACCGGAUUCAGUAACCUUCUCCAUACCGAAGCUGCCGACAAACGGAAUGAUGCCAGUACCAGUCCAUGGUGGAGCUCGUUAUCCCCCAGGACCAAGUGCUUCGACUGCAGCAAACGCCCCUCCGGAAGAGUCUGCUCCAUCAGCACCUACCAAGGCGGAGAUAGCUGAGGAAGAGAAUUUUGUUUUACUCGAUUCUGAAGAUCCGUCGAGGGUAUCAACAGAACCACCUCCACCAACAUAUAAUGAUGCUGUUUCUGUUCAGCCAAACGUUCACUCUUCUGGUAUUUAUCCACCUGGAACUCCUCCACAAAGCAGACCUUCUGCACCACAGAAGUGAAAAUUGAUACCUACUCGGAGAAAACUACAAUAUUAUCUGAAUUUUAUGUAUGAAUCAAUUUUAUAUAUUACGGGUGAAACUUUGACUGAAGUAUACUUUAAAUUUCACUUGCAACUGCCUGAAUUCAUUGUGGUAAUCUCAAUGAGUAGUAUCUGGAAUUACAAUAACUGAUAUAUCCGGUAAAUUUAUGAUAAAAAUGUGGACUACCUAAAGGAAGCUUCUCUUCGGAUGACAUUCUCCAUACCACACCAUACCAUCUGAUCUUCUUGCUUUAUUUUGCUCAUUACUGAUAUGUAAUCUAGAGAAAUAUGUCUGUUAGCUUGGACUCCAAACCCACACAUAUAUUCUGAACUUGUUCAAAUCAUAGUCUAUAAGCUGUGCGCUGAUCUAUUGAUAUCGAGUUCACAUAUGAUACAUUUGAAUUUGAACAAGUUAGUUUAAUGAGUUGCUCUGUAACAGUUCUAAAAUUGUCUAGUUGGCUAUAUCUAAUUCAAAUUUUGUGUUCAUAACUGACUUUGAAAGUUCUUCGAUUUUGAUGUUCUCAGGACCAACUAUAACCCACUUCUCCUGAGAAAUCAUUGUUAUCCAAUGCCGUUCCCACCUAUUUAUAUACCAGAAUCCAAAAAAUUAUUCCGUUCAUGGGUUUGGUAUUUGAUGUCUUCUUUCAACUCAUCUGAACAUUUCAAUUCUAGAUUCUUGACCAUUUUGUGAGAUUCAGUUCGUUACUCCUUCAGGUGAUAAAGGUUAUGUCUAAUUAAUAUCUGAGUUUAUAUCAAACACCAUACCUUCACUUUGUUGCUGUUAUCACUUACCAUAGUCAACAUUAACAUUACCAAUCAUCAAUUAACAUUGAGCUAAGUCUUUCUUUUUGGUUCAGUGUUAAUUAGAAUGGAUAUUUCUUGUCGCGAUCCUAAAUCUAAAACAAUAUUCUUUCAAAUCAAGGAUGAUUCCAGUCAAUAUUGAUCCCCCACAAAUAAUCUUGAAUAAUUUACCGAUAUCCGUAGAAAGGUAACCUUUACAAAACGCUUUAGUUUUCACGGAGACAAACUAUAUGUUUCACUUUAGUUUUGAGAAGAUACAGUUUUCAUGAUUACUACUACUUAAAAACAUUCGACUGACACAUUCAUGCUAUAGGACCGAUGUAAUGAUAAUUAUAUGUAUUAUUUUUUAUGAACAUUUUCGGGUGAAUUUGUUGAUUUUGAUAAAUACUAUGUAUUUUUGUACUUUAUAUAAAAAAUCUAUUAUAUAUUGGUCGUAGGAAAA